UGUGUUUGUGAGGUUAUGUUUUCCUGUGAUGUUUUCGUUUUGUGGUUAUGUUUGGCUAAGAUUUUAAUUGUAUAUGAAUUUUCGUACUUUACUACAAAAUCUUGAAUUGAUGGAGGUUUUAUUUAUAUUACGCUUUAUCAAGUUCAAAAUACAUUAUUAGGAAAUCAACUUAGGGCGAUACAAAUAAAUAUUUAUUGAUAUUUCCCAAAUGUUAGUACAAGUUAAUGUGUCCAUAGAUUUACUGUAUUUUUGAAAUAGCAAUGGAGUUUGCAAGGAAACAACUGGAGAAAUACGGCUGGUCUGAUGGCAAAGGUCUUGGCAAAGAUGAGAAUGGUAUAUCUGAACCGGUGAAGGCUAAAAUAAAGCACAGUCUCACAGGUGUGGGCUAUGAUGCUGCAUCCGAUUUUACAGAGCACUGGUGGAGUGCUCUGUAUGAUAAAGCAGCUGGCAAUAUAGAGGUAAAAAAUGUCAAUGGCAAAACAAAAAAGAUUAGACGGAAGAGCAAAGAAGAAUUUGAAAUUACAAACAGCACAUGGAAAAUGAAGAAAAUAAAAAAGUCAAAACCUUCCGACAGUGAGGAGUAUUCAGAGUUUUUUGUUAGGACUGCUGUCUUGGGAAAAGGUGGUAGUCAAGAUACAAGAGUCAGGGAUUCUGAGUCAGACUCAGAUGAAGAGGUAAACUCUGCUGUGAAGUUGACAGAUGAAGAACUAUUCAAGGCAUGCCACGGACGAACUGCCCACAAAGGCGCCCGUCAUGGUCUAAGGGCAUUAGGAAAGCUUGCAAGAAUAGAACAGCAAGAACAAAUUUUGUUAAUGCAAGGAAGAUAUGAAGGUUACACUCAUCACGAGAAAAUGAAAAAUAAUUGUAACAAAGAGUCACAAGUUGUUGAAGAUACAAAUUCAAAUAAUGACAAUGAAUUAAAAACUAUUAAAAAAAGAAAAAAGAAACAACACAAAGAAAAACUAUCAAAUUUCAGUGUUGCCACCAAUGAAUACAAUGUAGACACGUCUGAAAUUAAAGACAAUAUUACUGAUUUAAUAACUCAAGCUGAAGGUUUAGAAAGUGGAGAAAUAAAUAGUAUUAAAAAGAAAAAGAAAAGGAAACAGCACAAUAGUAAAAAUGAAAGUGAAAUACUAUCAAUUAAUAAAAAAGACAAUGACAGUGUUGCCAUGGCUGUGAAUGAGAUUCUGGAAAAUGAAGAGGUUGCUAAAAGCAAGAAAAGGAAACCAAAAAAGAAGUAACUACCCAGAAUAUAAAUAAGAUAAAUAAUAGUAAGAUAAACGCAAGUGAUACAUGUUUGUUAUCUAAUAUUUUGACAGAUGUGUGGUGCAGUAGGUAGACCCUGCUUUUUGCAUCCAAAGCUGUGGGUUUGAUUCCACAAGUGAAAUAUUUUUUAGUGUCUGGAUGGAUUUAUAUGUAUAAUAAUAUACUAAUAGGUACUAAGUAAUGUAAUAAAUUAUGUAUUUUGAUCAGUUUUCUUAGUACCCUUAACACAGGCUAUGCUUUUGAAGCUAAUUAGCAUUGUGUGAUCAUGUCCAAAUAUAUUUAGGUAUAAAAAAGUAGUCUCUAUAGAUUCCAAAACAUGUGUUUAAUAAAUUAAAGAAUAUUGGUGUAAUA